AUGACAGCAUAUUACCCUACGGGCUUCACCCUCGUUCAAGUUUCCACAGUAAAUUGCUACAAAGGAUACUCUGGAUGGAAGCCGGAAGCGAGUUUGAUUGGUGCCGAGGGUGUUAGUGCCUGCAAUGUCACCGUGUCGUAUACACACGCCGGGGAGGGCGACCUGGUCACCGUACACAUCUGGCUGCCGCUUGAAAAUUACAACUCACGCUUCGUCGGCGCUGGUGGCGGUGGAUGGCUGAGUGGCGAGAUUGGUGAGGACAUCAUGUCUCUGUUCGCAUACCAGGGCUACGCUGUUGCCGCUACUGAUGGUGGCUACAACCACAAUCCCUUCUCAACUGCGGACUCAUGGCUCAUGGAGAGCCCAGGGAAAUUGGCUCUUCCACUUCUCACAAACUUCGCACAUCGAGCAGUCCACGACAUGACUCUAAUCAGCAAGCAUGUUGUGGCAAGCUACUACGGAGAGGAGCCAAAGUUCUCGUACUGGCAAGGCUGCUCAACUGGCGGGAGGCAGGGUCUUGACCUGGCACAGCGACAUCCUGAGGACUAUGAUGGCAUCUGGGCUAGCUGUCCUACAGUGAGCUUCCUCGCUCUCUUGAUGUCGAUGUUAUGGCCGCAAGUGGUCAUGAACACAGCACUGGUGUACCCAUCUGCAUGUCAGUUCGAAGCCAUCAGAAUGGCUGCUAUUGAAGCCUGUGAUGAGCUUGAUGGGGUCAAGGAUGGAGUCAUCUCUCGAGAUAAUCUUUGCAAAUUCGACCCAGAAACAGUCAUCGGCAAAGAGUUCGAUUGCGAUGGAACUAAGAUCAACAUCUCUAAGGAGGUAGUGCAAGUCACGAAGGCAAUGCUCCAGGGGCCAGUGGACGUCGAAGGAAAACAACUUUUCCCAGGAACAACCCAUGGUACCGCAGCUGCUGGUUUCAUGGCAACAGAUAAUACCGUCUGUACAGGCGAGAAUUGCACGGCGGGUAGACCAUUCACGAUUUCAAGCGAUUGGGUCCGACUGCUGUUGAAGAAGGACCCAUCCUUCGACGUUACCACCAUAAACCGGGAGGAGUUUACACAACUGUUUCACCAAAGUGUGCAGGAAUACAACGAUUUGAUUGGUAGCAACAACCCUGAUUUACGAAAGUUUCAAGAAGGGGGCAAGAAGAUGAUCACCUGGCAUGCGACCAACGACGAAGCCAUCAGCAUCAACUCCAUGCGGCAAUACUACGACAGUGUCGUCGCGUUUGAUAUGCAGAACAACGUGGACACUGCGAGUUACUAUCGGUUUUUCGAGGUUCCUGGAGCAACCCAUUGCUCAGCGACUCCAGGGGUGUAUUACCCCCUGAAUGGGUUUAAUGUUCUACAAGAGUGGGUGGAGAAUGGUGUGGUGCCGACCAUUUUGGAUACUGUCCCAUUGGGCGAGCAUCAGAAGGAAAGAGAUGAUGUCUCGUUCUGGAUUUCUAAGACCCAGCUAAAAGCUGAUGGUACACCAAGUGAUCCAUGCCCACUCAUAUUGCCAUUAUCGUUGUGAGCUCGUCAAACAACCUGCCAACUGAGAUAGGUGACAGAGUGUAGAUAAGAAGUGACAGGAGGUUGUGAAGCCAUUAAACAGUAGAAGUAUUGUGUUAAUAUCCACUUGUAACCAGCCGCGAGAACUUACCGCCGACACCGACAGCUAUCUUAGAUAUCGUGUC